GUGGGGGGGUUGUAUACGAUGUAGAUAGCUUGCGUCUUAUAGCUUCAUGACUGUAAGUUUAGAUUUUCUCCGCUAACGAAGCUGAAUGUGUGAAUUACGGUUGUUAAUUGAAUAGCAGGGUGUGGAUCACUGAUCGGUGUCCAUUUGCUGCGUACUUCUGCGAUGUCAAGGUAUAUGCCAUUGCCCCAUAAACCCAUUGCAUGUUAUCGCAGCAGUCUCGUAGCUGCUUCCGUUGUUGUUCUCUCAUUCCCCGAGACUUUUCAGCUCAGUGUUCGGUUAUUGGAUUUGUGUUCUCCCUCUUAGUGAUUGUGAGUGGCUAGUCGAAGGUUCCUGCCUUGGUCUAAUUGUACCUGGAGCUGUGUGUGGACGAUUAUUGUUUUGGUCCAUUUGGGUGCCGAGGUUGCGUGGCACUGUUUCGUGCAGAACAGAGGGAAUGGGGAUGUGCCAUUUGUGUACAGAAAGCCAUUACGAGGAGUCACAUCCUUUGGAAACCGUGAUGUGAAGCGGGACCUUGCAGUUGCGGAAAGUGCACGGUUGGACGGGGUACUUCACGCCGCGGAUGAACUUUGGGUGGUAUCGCUCUCAGACAUGAUUUUGGAUAUCAGAUCCCCAGCUCAAUCAAACGCUUGUGUACCUCCGUCAUGAAGAUUCAGAAGGAUCGUUCUGGAGAAAUGAAGGGAACUGUGAAGUCUCAUGUGUAGCAUACUUCUCAGGUGUCGCAUUCCAUGCUUGAGUAAUGUUUGGAUAUUGCUGCCCUGUGUCUGAAGACUUUUCAACAUGAUGAUGAUAUUGAUACGGACUUUUUAACAUGAUGAUGAUAUUGAUGAUGAUGAUACGGGCUUUCCAAUAUUGACCAUCAUGUUCAAAGGUGGGAAUGAAGUUUAUCCAAGGUUUAGGUCUCACCACGAUAAGGUGGUGGUGAAUUCCGUCUCUUUGAAGAAAUGAAUUCAUCCUCAUCUAUAACACAGUUUUAUUAUAUCCUAAUCACUCAAUAUCCCCAUGAUUAAACCAGAAAAAAAAGAAAAAAAGAAAAACGUUGUUUCGAAUAGUUUCUUGAUGCAUUUCAAAGGCUACUUAGAGGAAUAUGAGCAGAUAGAAAGCCGCAGUAAAGUUUCAGUUAGCAUUUCAAGACCCUAUUCGUGCUCGACUCUCAGUGAUCUUAAGGUUUCACCGCAACGCUGAUUAUUUGGACACUCCAAUCCUGGUCUAAUGCACGAUCUAGCGUCUUGAACAGCAGUUGAUGUCUUGAAUUUUCCCUCCCUCGGCGAGAUAUAACCUUAAGAAACCAAAAUGCACAACAAUAUGGAAUACGUUCCGAAGGUACCAAGUGAAAGUACCGAAAAUGGUUGGGACGAGGGAGCACAGGCGACUAACCCAGCUGCAUUAGCAGACUCCAGGAAUGGCGAUUCAAGGAGGAGGGUAUCUGGGACGGGGCUUUAUGAGCCACCCCCCGCCGAAGAGCUCGUCCGAAAACAACUUGUACAUGAGAAAGUCACGAAGAUCGUAGGGGACCUUGAUAUGACGCCACGAAUCAUUAAAGCUGCCGGAGAUAUGGAGCCCAAGUUGUGGCAAGAAUCUGUCACAUCCUUGCAGAGCCCAUUGAUUCAUGGCAUCAAAAAGGAACUGCAUGAGCGCAAUCUGAAGAUGAAGACCUUCACUGCAAGCAAGAAAUUCGAAAACUAUUUUUUUGUACUUAAAGGUUCUGAGAACCGCCCAAUGCCUACCGUGAUUGAAUCAACCAUGGGUUGCAAGGAGGAGGUAGUAGCUCGUGAAGUCAUUACCAAAACUGCCGUGGCCCAGCGCAGAAAGCAACGCGGGGUAUGGUCCGAGUUAGGGAAGCCAUUUACUUGCCUCGGUGUUCCAAACCUUCACGCAAGCCGCGAUCCUCCUAUGCCCGAGCCGCCCUACGGCGCAGAUAGUUUCGAUAAAUUAAAAAAUUUCGACUUCUUCCCUGUGCCUCCUGUCACAAAUGAGCAGCGUGAGCAGAUGGCGGCAGCCGCGGAGGAGGCGCAGAUGUCACCGUCGAAAAGGAGACGAGCGCAGCAGUUGAAGCAUUCCCAAGCAGCCUCGGAGAUGGAUCGCAUGCUUACGAUAAUGGGUCUGCUGUUUUUUCACGAUUCAGAUCACGUCAAGUUUCCAAAAGCACCUUUGCUCGCCACAGACAAAAUUGCCAAGCUGAUAAGGCAAGGUGGUGCUUACAUUGAGAGGAUUGAAGAAGGCAUGAUGAAGUCAGUUGCAAGGAGAGUGACCGUGGCACCCGCAGAAGGGGAGCAAUAUGUCCUUGGAGCGGGUGGCAAAGCAAUACCAGUCUACACUGACGGACCACCAUCAACUGCAACCAAAUCAGUUAGCGAGACCAUCAGCCGCCCGACUUCCUCAAUGAAAGACCAAAGUGCACCAUCACCUCCGACAACCCCCAAGUCGAAGAGCCCCAAGGCAAGUAAGAAGUAUCCACCUCGAGAUGAUUCUCUCGUGUUCGGUUGGAAGAAGAAGAGAUUGGAAUUAAGGCUCGAGUUGGAGAGAGAGCUGGAGGAUGACAUUAUAAUGCGUGAGGAUCGGCGUGAACAAUGGCGCUCCUCAUCACCAUUUUCGGCUGAAGUAGCAAACAAUGUGUUCAAACUUCUAAACAAACAUUCUGGCCGUCUUAGCCCAGACACAACCGCCGCUUGGAACCAUGCACUGCAAAACUAUAACGCCGCGCAAACUCACCGAACUUCGGCGUGGGAGGUCAGAAUGCUCAGUAUCAAGCGCUUCUAUGAGCGUGUUGUUGUAUUCACCGAGCACCAGCCGUCUGCGGACCCACUACUGGAUGUUCUCAUCUUCAUGUUAAAAGAUUGGCUGGAGAAUGGAGGAAAGAUGAAAAAAGCACUGCUCGAGCAUCUCUGUGCGGGCCUUGCAAGACUUCCUGAGGAGAUUGUGGUGCUGGGCAGGAUGGGAUGUGUGAUGCCAGUGCUCUCCUUCAUCUGCAAGGAGCUGCGCAUAACCUCGCAUGAAUUCAAAAUUAUUAUGAAAAACACCCACCUCGACAGAUACCAUCUCUUCUAAGCGAAGUUUUUUUUGUCUCUCGCCCAUUCUGACAGCUGAUUUGAGGUUGUCGGUGUGUCGGUGGACGUGUCGGUGAGGGGAUGUGAACAUCCACAUCGAAUUUCUUCUUUUCAUCAUCAAAGGGAGGUGGUUUAGGCUUAGGAGGAGGUUGUAUCCACUGUUUUUCAAGGGAGGACUUUUGUGUUCUGUCACGUUUUCUUGCACUUUUGAAUACAACAUUAUUUAUUUGCAAUUAUCAUUCUUUGUUUGUUGGUUGGUUAAUUUCAUUACAGUAGUUUUAGAAAACGGGUUUGGUAAUUUGGUUUGGUUGAUUUAUAAAAGACAUGCGUGAAUAGUUGUGUGGAUCUAUUUGUUAUGCGUGCAGAAUUUGUUCAUUCUUGACUUCUGCUUAUUUUGGAGGGUAAAUUAUUAGAUUUGUUCAAAUGUUGUUGCAAGUUUUGUGCACUGUGAUGUGUCACCGAUAGAUUUUCAUUUAUUCAUUUGAUUCCAGUACAUGAAUUAUUUUUAUCUACAAGUUAUAAUUGCGUUCA